AUGCGCUUUUUUCCACUUUGCCCCCUCACUUUUUUUUUUUUUUUUCCUUUUUUCUUCGAUUUUUGCGUGCGUCAAGACACCCUCUCUGUACUCCCAAAUAUGAAAAGUGGGCUACGGCCAAUCCACCGCCCGGCGAGGGACACGGGACUGAACAGCAGUGAUUUGACGGCGGAUGCGGAGGGUCUUCACAUGAGCUCAAGAAAAGUUCAGUUGCUGACGCCUCUGGCGAGUUUUUCUUCCGAAGAACUUGCGCGGCUUCGUCGCACAUCCCCCGACGCGUAUCAGGCGCUUUUGCAGUACGAGCAGCUUUGCCGUCACGACACGGCGGUUAUCGCGGCAAAGGAGACAGAGCUGCAGCGCUGCAUCGAAGUCGGGCAGGAAGUUCUUGGGCAGUUGGAUCAGUUGAAAGGCCGCUGCUCUCAGCUUGCAGGGGAACGCGACAAAGCUACCGCAAGAAUAAGGGAGCUUCAGCAGCACCUAAAGCGUCUUGAAUCCACGCGAAAUCACGGUGCAGAUGACCAUCCAUCGCCAGUGAUUCAAGGAGGAUCGCGGAAAAUGGAUGUUUCCCUUCGCGAGCAGCUGCACCAGCAGGAAGAGGAGAAGCAAAAGUCGCACGUGUAUGCAAAAAAAUUGGAAAGGGAAUUACAAGAGCAGAAACUGUUGCACGACACGCUAAAGCGAGACCUUGAGAGCGCCGUUCAAACAGCACGGAUCGCCGGCGCGGGGAGUGAAGCAGCGGAAGCAGCACGGCGCUCGGCGGAGGCAUCUCUAGAGGAGAUGCGGUUGAGAGUAGAAGAGAAGGACCGUGAAUUGUUGCGUGCCCAUGCGGCUCAGCGUGAGGCAGAAGAAAAUCUUCGAGAACAGCAGCAGGAAUUAGCCAAAACUUCAGCGUUGUAUCGCGACUCUCAAAAGCCAUCUGUGGAAAUGGUUACCGCUGCUUCCAUACUUGUCACACUACACAACCAACUGCAGGAACUCAUUUUGGAUGCAGGACGUAGCCACAACACAAAACGGGAGCUGUCCCCAGUCGCAGUUUCGCAGUUGACGCGCCUGCGUUUGCCGACCGCGGCGACGGUCGGUGCGACCGCUGAUUCCAGCUUCACACCGGGGCAGCUGGGGCAGUGGUUUGCGCAUUCUCUAGAGGAAACAUCGCAUCUUGUAAUUGAACUAUCGCGGGCUCUGCAACAGUUGGAGGAGCGUCUGCGUCGUUGCGACUCCGACCUAGAACGAGCCACCGCCGAACUGCAGCUUGCGCUUGACAAGGCAACUAAUUUGGGCCGGGAGAAUGAGCAGUUGAGGCUAUCGCUCGUUGCACUUAAGGAGGAAGUGCAGACAUUAGAUGCACAAACUGACCGAUUGCGUGAGUUUGACACUCUUGAAGUGCAACGUCAAACAAAUCUUCGUAUUGCGGCAAUAGAGGAAGAAAAACGUGCGGAAAAGGUAGCACUCCAGUGUGAAUUAGAGCAGACACGGCGCCAGGGUGCCUUAGAGCUUGCCAAUCUUCAUGAGGAUCUGGAAAAUGAGCGGCGCACAAUGGAGCGUGAGAUUCGUUCACUUCGUUCGGAAAUUAACCGAUGGCGCGAGGAAGAAAAGUCGGCGGUGUCAGCAGCGGGACGUCUGGCGGCUGCACUUUCCUCUCCAUCCGGCGAGGAACAGUUACAGGCGGUUAGGCAGCAGCAACUCGCCUUUCAGGGAAGGGUAGAGGAACUAGAGGCGGAGAACCAACGGCUACGUGCAAAGAAUUCACAGGAAAUAGCGGAGUUACGGGCAGAGAACACCCGUUUGGAGCAAGUUGUACAAAACAGCCGUUCCCGCUACCAGCGGCAAUUGCAACAACACGAGGAUGAGAUGGAAAAGAUGAUACAGUCGAAGCAGGAAUUGCAGCGGCGACUUUGUGAACAUGAUUCGAAUGACAUUCAUCGUAUAAAGGAACUGCAAGAUGAAAUGAAAUGCAUGAGGGACGUUGAGUGUAAGCUGAGGGGUGAGUUGCUCAAGGCUCGUACGGAGCUAGAGAGCAAUACGGCGGAGACAGAGAAGACAAUGUCGUGGUUGCGCGAGCGUCACGAGGCGGAGUUGGCGCAAGUCACUCACGAACUGGAAACACUGCGGCGCGGCAUGGAGGAAAAAAAUGCAUCUUUCAUUGCGGAAAAUACAAAACUUCGGGAGAAACUAGAGCAGGCUCAGUGCAGUAAGGAGACAGAGCUGGGGGCGAAAGAUUCGACUAUAGCCACGCUUAAUCGUCAGUUGUGUGAUGCCGAGAUUGAGGCGGCAAAGAUGCAAGAUGCCCUUCAUCGUUCCUCGCAGAAGGCAAAAGGUCUAGCGGCGGAGACCGUUCCUGUGGACCGCUAUGAGGAGAUUGAAACGGAGUUAAUGCAAGAGCGUGAACAUGUGCAGGCGCUUGUUGGUUCACUUAAUGCAGCACAAACGAAUAUAGAAGAGUUGCGUGGAAAGCUUGAGGAACAAAAGCAAUGUGUGCAGGAUUGUCUGGGCCAACUACCGCCAAGCCCCGCUCAACAGUUUUCACGAAUUGCUUUGCUGCUGCAGGCAACUGCAAAGAGGGCGACGACGCGUCUCCUUGCAAUUCUUGAUGAGCCACGGUCCGUCUCCGUACCCAGUCUCAGCCCACCGCGUGAAGAGUUGGAUGCGAUGACAUUUCGCAUUGAACCCGACGAUGCAGCCGAAAUCUCGGGGGUCAUCAAGCCCCUUGAAUUUUCUCCGGUGAUUCGUCUACCGACAACUCCAAGGGAAAAUUUUCCCAAACUGCCACCGCAAAAAUCACACGGGGAACCGAGCAGUAGCCGAACCCUUUCACCACCAACAUCAACGUUGGAAGACGAUUUAAGUCCUCCUUCCAGGCCAGGAGUCUGGAAAAAUUGUGAGUUGGCUGCAGCAUUCUCCAGCGCUCUCCACACGUUCCUCAGUGAUCUUACAUCAUCGGUGGAACAAGUUUCACUACGGCCGUACGCCUUUUUUUGGGAAUCUUUAGAGCGUCUACAACGCCUUUUUAUUGCUUCCUCUCCCAUGGCUGCCAAUACCAAGACAACUCCCGCUACCACUACUAAUACUAAUAAUAAUACUGCUGACACCACCUCUGAAGCGCAAUUGGUCGCCACAGAUGGUAGCAACGUCAAUAUCAGGAAUAUCGGCGCCGACAAUGACAAUGUAAAUGAUUCUGGAGAAGAAACAGCAAAUGUGCAUCACGAGGAAACAAACGAUGACGUCAUGUGGACUGCUAUAGCGGGUGGUAUUGUGGAUGCCUAUGUUGACGAGUGUGCGGCGGUGUUUAAGCGUCUAUAUCAUAGCACAACUAUUUAUCUGCGUGAACGUGAAGAGACGUUCAAGAAGUCCAGUCAUCAUCUAAACAUGAGUUGUGAGGAGCGUGUGCGUCGCAUGACUCGCGGUAUGACGGAACGGGAGCAGGGACUGGCAACGCAACUGGCGACAGCACAGUCGAAGGCUGCUGCAGCACAGCGCUUUUCCGAUGAAGCAUAUACAAAAUUGGAGGACGUUACAUCGCGAUACAACGAAGUUUGUGCGCGUGUGGAGCAUCUUGAAGAGCAACUGGCUGCCAAGAAACGUGAGUUGGAAACAGAACGGAGGCAGUGGCAAGAAACUGUUGCUAAGCUUCAAUUGGAACGUGCGGCACGACGGCAAGGUGAAGAGGGACGGCAAGAGCAACUUUUGCGGCAGGUAGAGGAGUUGCGGGCGGAGCUGCAGAAUGUGCAGGCACGAUUAAAUUCCGCGCGUGAGGAAGAGCAAGGAAUUCGCCGUGACGCGGAUAACACAAAGGAGCUCUUGCAGAGGGAUAUUCAUCGUCUUGAGCGAGAGUUACUGGAGGCACGCAAUUCGCAGAACAAAACGGGACAGGCGCUGCAUGAAAUCCGUGAGCAACUGGCGGCAUCCAACCUGACGCUACAGCAAAGACAAAACGAUGAAAUGUCGCGGGCGAGACAGGCAGAAAGAACCAUCGAGGCGUUGCAACAAGAAAUUAGCGAGGCACACACCGCUCAUCAAUCAAUACAACGUUUAUUGCAGGCGGAAAAGUUUCGUAGCGAGGCAGCUGAGGAACACUCGAAGGAUCUCAGCCGCCAGCUGGCGGAGAAGCAGGUGCAAAUUGAGACACUUGAACAACGUGUGGCGGAACUGCAAGAAGCAUGUUGGCUUCAAGAGAAGGCAUUUGACGCGAUGACAGAAGAAAAUGGGGCGCUGCAGAAGGUGAAUCGUGUCUUGGAAGGGCGGCUUGCGAAGGUGGAAAGCGAAAGAGAGCCCUUGCGACAGCAGCUCCAGAGCCUGCUUUUGCUUGAGCCACGUUGA